GGGCUGAGGGGAGGGGCUGGUCCUGCGCCGCCAGGGGGCGCUGCUGCGGCGCAUGCGCGGAGCGCGCCCUCCGUGAGGCGGCGCGAUGGCGGCGGCGGCGAUGGCGGCGGUCGUGGCCCGCGGCGGAGCCCCCCGGGCGCUGUCCCUGCGGUGCCGCCGCCUGCACACCGUGUACCAGAGCGCGGAGCUGCCCGAGACGCACCAGAUGCUGCGGGAGACCGUGCGGGACUUCGCUGAAAAGGAGCUGAUGCCACUGGCAGCGCAGCUGGACAAGGAGCAUCGCUUCCCGGCCGAGCAGGUGAAGAAGAUGGGCAGCCUAGGGCUGCUGGCUAUGGAUGUGCCAGAGAAGUACAAAGGAGCAGGCCUGGACUACCUGGCCUAUUCCAUUGCCGUGGAGGAGAUCAGCAGGGGCUGCGCCUCCACGGGCGUCAUCGUCAGCGUCAACAACUCCCUGUAUUUAGGGCCAAUACUCAAGUUUGGCUCCGAAGAGCAGAAGCACAAGUGGAUUGCUCCCUUCACCAGUGGAGAGAAAAUUGGAUGUUUUGCCCUCAGUGAACCAGGGAACGGCAGCGACGCGGGCGCGGCCUCCACGGUGGCGCGGCUGGACGGGGACGAGUGGGUUCUGAACGGCACCAAGGCCUGGAUCACCAACGCCUGGGACGCCUCGGCCACUGUGGUGUUUGCCACGACAGACAAAUCCCUGAAGCACAAGGGCAUUAGUGCGUUCUUGGUUCCCAUGCCAACGCCUGGGCUGUCACUGGGGAAGAAAGAAGACAAGCUGGGAAUCCGAGCCUCUUCCACUGCCAACCUGAUAUUUGAGGACUGCAGGAUACCCAAGGCCAACCUCCUGGGGCAGCCGGGAAUGGGCUUCAAAAUCGCCAUGCAAACUCUGGAUGGAGGAAGGAUUGGAAUUGCCUCACAGGCUCUUGGAAUAGCACAGGCAGCUCUGGACUGUGCUGUGGAUUAUGCUGAGAAGAGAAUGGCCUUUGGGUCGCCCAUCACAAAGCUCCAGGCAGUGCAGUUCAAGCUGGCAGACAUGGCUGUGGCCUUGGAGGGCGCCCGCCUGCUGACCUGGAGAGCUGCUAUGCUGAAGGACAACGGGAAGCCCUUCACUAAGGAAGCGGCGAUGGCCAAACUGGCUGCAUCAGAAGCUGCAACGGCCAUCGCUCAUCAGGCCAUCCAGAUCCUGGGUGGGAUGGGCUAUGUGACGGAGAUGCCGGCGGAGCGGCACUACCGGGACGCCCGGAUCACCGAGAUCUACGAGGGGACCAGUGAGAUCCAGAGACUGGUGAUCGCAGGCCAGCUGCUCAAGGCCUACCGAGGCUGAGGGGGCCAGGAGAGCCACACACUGCCCAAGUGCCUCGUAAUGGUGCUCAACAGUGAUCAAGUUUGACCCUCUUGGAUGAGGCCAAUGAUGGAGGUUUUCCUCACCAAUGAGUAACUGACCCUCAAUGUACAAUGUACUGACUCUUCCUUGGACAGUGGCUGGACUGAGGUUUGUAAGCUGUGAGUGUAGGAGGGAGGAGACAAUCUGUGCUGGUAGGGCAGUGUGGGGCUUCUCCUGGAGCAUUGGAUGGGUUUGGUAGUGCCAAAAUGGCUUUGGCUGUUCAGUGAAGUCAGCAGCUCUCCUUGUGCCCUUCCCAGCCAGUGCCUGUUUUGGAAAAUUUGUCACUACCAGGCACUGGAUAAACAGUGCCAGAGUUAGAGGUGCUGAGAGCUGUGGCCCCUUCACCCCAAUCCAGGCUGCAGGUCACAGUGCCUUGAAUUUCAGGUGUGUUUGGGAGCUCCUAAUUGGACACAGGCUGUGUGGAGGUAAUCCUGCAGCAGGGCACUUCUUCCCUCUACCAGCAGGAGAGGAGCCAGACAGGACAUGCAGGAAUUACGUAUGCACAGAGGGGCUGAGCACAGGCUGUGGUUACCCUCUGUGGACAUGUGAAAACAUAGAUCAGAAAGAAUCCCUUGAACUGGCCAGCAAAGCCCAGCACCUCCUCACUCUGCUGCUCUGGGAUGCAGGGAUAGAAGCAAAGGGCAAAAAAGCUGCAGUGCCUGAGACUUUUUUUGUAAAAAAAAGGCCAAAGAAACCUCUGCUCCCAAAUCUGCCUCUACAAUAUGAAUAAGAAAGGAAGUGCCUGAAGGGGCAGUAACAGCCUUUAAAUCCCUUUUGGGCAACAAGGAGGAAAACAGAUGACACACAAACCUUACCAGGAAGCUUUAGCAGUAGCACAUGUUCUCAAUCAAUGAUCUUUGUCAAGACAUUGCCUUUUAGAAGAUUCAACAGCUAUAGGAAAAACUCUAAACUCAGGAAAAGAGGAUUAAGACCUGGACUGUCUGGUCCAGCCCCUUGUCCAGAGGAGUACACUAGAGGUAAAUGGUUAUUUUCCUGUGGUGCCAUUUAUUUAGACUUGUGUGGAGAGAAGAAGAGCAGGAUUCUGCCAUACGUGAGAGAGCAGAGAAGACAAAUAAAACCAGACUUUGAAGGAC